AACGCUUCGAAUACACUUUUGUUGAUCAGAACACGAAAGCUUAAUGGUGAAAGACCUAGUUAAGCUAAUUUUAACUUCGACCACUGAAGUUAACUGGAAGUUUCCACUUUUUGUAGGCCUACAACUCCAGGUCUUUAAAGUUUUUAGGCCUAGGCCUUAGGCUAAUGAUUAAAUAGAUCUAUUUAAUACCCUGGCCUAGAUCUAGAUCUAGAAAAUUUAGAUAAGAAAUGAGUGGCUACAAAAGAAAACACGAAGAUGAUAACCAACUUCCUAUACCCCCAAGAUGGCUUCACUGUCCUCGUAAGGGUCAGCUCAUACAAGAUAAAUUUCUACCCUUGAAGACUCCCCUUGAUUCCAGAUAUGAUCCACAAGUCCCUGAAGAAUGUAGAUUUAACAUAGAUAUGCUGCUGAACUCUUUGAAGGUCUCUAAGAAAAAAAUAGGAUUGUUUGUUAAUCUGUGCAACACUGACAGAUUCUACAAUAAACAGGAAAUAGAAACCAAAGAAGGUGGCUGUUGUGUCACAACUCUUAGAUGUAAAGGUCGCUCAGAAGCCCCUACAGAGGAACAGACAGAAGCGUUUAUAGGGUUGUGUGAAAAGUUUAUUAGCAAAAAACCUCUAGAGAUAAUAGGAGUCCACUGUACACACGGCUUCAACAGAACAGGCUUUCUCAUAGUUGCUUACCUUGUUGAAAAACUGUCCUGGAGCUUGGAUGCAGCUAUCAGACAAUUUGCUCAGGCAAGGCCACCUGGCAUUUAUAAACAAGAUUAUCUGGAUGAGCUGUUCCGGCGUUAUGGUGAUGGUGACCCUGAGGAAAGACCUCAAGCACCUGCAUUACCUUCAUGGUGUACAGAGAGUGAUGACACAGAAGUUGAUGAUGAUGGUAAAGCUGUAAAUGGUGCUGGUGGAGGAGGUGGUAAACGGAAACGAGAAUUUGCCAAAAAGGAUGCCAAAUUCAUGGAAGGUGUUAAAGGUGUAUUUCAGAUCACUACUCAGCCCAGGUUGUCCCACAUACAAAGGAAAUGUCAGUCCAUGGCUGGCUGGAAAAGCUCAGGCUUUCCGGGGUCUCAGCCAGUGUCUAUGGAUAUCCAAAAUUUAUCUAAUCUCAAACAUAAGCCUUAUAAGGUCAGCUGGAAAGCUGAUGGAACAAGGUAUAUGAUGUUGGUGGAUGGAAAAGAUGAGGUCUAUAUGAUAGACAGAGAUAAUUGUGUUUUCCAUGUGCCCCAUCUGAAUUUCUAUAAAAGAAAAGACUUGAAUUCUUACUUAGGGGACACACUUUUAGAUGGGGAGUUGAUUAUUGAUAAAGUGGAUGGCAAGGAUAUACCAAGAUAUUUAGUUUAUGAUAUAAUCAAGUUUGAGGGUUUGGAUGUGGGUAAAACAGACUUCGACCGUCGUAUGCUGUGUAUAGAGAAAGAAAUUAUAGGACCCAGGUACACGAAGAUGCAACAAGGGACUUUAGACAAAUCCAAGGAACCCUUCAGUGUUCGCAUCAAAAAUUUUUAUGACAUUACUAUGUGUAGAAAGAUUCUUGAUGGUAAUUUUUCUAAAACAUUAAGCCAUGAAGUUGAUGGGCUUAUUUUUCAACCUAGUGCUGAUCCCUACAUAUGUGGAAGAUGCCAAGAUAUUUUAAAAUGGAAGCCACCUGCUCUAAACUCAGUUGAUUUUAAGCUGAAGAUUCAGAGGGUUGAAAGGGUGGGAAUGUUACCUGAAACAAAAGGACUUUUAUAUGUCGGGCAGUUAGAGGCACCAUUUGCUGAAAUGAAGGUAACGAAGAAUCUGAAACAAUAUGACAAUAAAAUAAUUGAAUGCACAUUUGAUGGACAAUCCUGGCAGUUUAUGCGAGAAAGAACAGACAAAUCCUUUCCUAAUAGCUACAACACUGCUAUGGGAGUCUGUGGGAGCAUUAAAACACCAGUCACAAAAGAUCUCUUACUGCAAGUGAUAGAAAAAGACAGAUGGCAGCCGGAUGCUUCGAAGUUAAUGCCUCCACCUGUUAGAAGACCUUAAUAAAUGUGAUUUGUAAUUUAUUAUAAAAAAAACAAGUGUAAAUAUUUUUAGAAGUCCAAUACUUUGCCAGUCAUCCUUAAAAUUAGAUUGUGUAUAUGCUGGUGCUAAAUUCCAUAAAUUAAUGCAAAUUAUUUGCCAGAUUUAAUUUCAACUGUUACAUUGUUUUAGAUAGAUUCUGGUCGCAAUAAGUUAUCUUGGUAUUCAAAUCUUUGAAAGGUCGUAUACACGAUUUUAUAUUCUAUCAUGCAGGUUUGUUUUUUUUAAAAACAAAGUAUUUAAAUUGUGUGGAGAUUUUACUAAAAAGUAGCUGAUUAGAUUUAAUGAUUACUGGCUUGGAAUGAUGCAGAACAAAAUUAAUUUUAAAAAAUGGAACUUAAAUUCAUUUGCCAUGAAAAAUGUUUGUAGUAUUAAUUUAUUGUAACAGAAGAAACUUAUCUUUAACUAAAAAAGUAACAUAACCUUUAAUUUUAUCUACUGCUUAGUUUAUAGACACAUGACUAUAUUUUAUUGUUAAGGUAAUGAGAUAGUUACUUUGUUUAUCAUUCAGUCUCAUUACCAUAGCCCUACCAUAUCCACCUCAAACUGAUUCCUGAUGUAUUUUAGAAAACUGCUACUGACACAUUGUGUAAAAAUAUAUAUGGCCUUUGAAAACGUUUUUAUGAAUGCAGUAUUAUCUUUGUGCUCUCUGGCAAUUACUUUAGUGUAACCAAUACAAUUAAAAAAUAUAUUAUUAAUUUGGAAGUGCUCUUAUAUGCAAGACCAUAUAGCAAAAUCUGUACUACUUUUUAUAUGGUAAACCUCUUAGUUUUAGUGUAAUUUGUUCGGGUUUUUUAAAUUUAAAAACAAAUUUACAUGUCUUUCAUAUGGACUUGUUUGCAAGAAGCAAUCUAUUGUAAAUAAGCAAAAUGUUUAGCAGUUAUAUGUAGAACUAUUUUUAUUUGUUUAAAUAAGUCCUACAGCCUUCUUGGAUUUGUAAUUCUUAUACAUUAGCAUUUUUAGUAAGCAUUUUAAACUUGAUUGUCAGUUAGAGUUAUCUCUUCUAGCUGAUUUCUUUCUUUUUUAGAAAAAUUACUGAUAAGCAUGCAAGACAGAAUGCUUCAUUAGCCAAAAAACAAUCCCAUUUUAUUAUCCAGUAAAUUAGAUCUAGAGUUUUACAGCUCAUUUUUUAAAUAUACAACAAUAAUAGAAGUCCAUAAUUAAGUAAAAUAUACUCUUUAUUUUAGCUUUUUUUUUUUUUUUUUUUUUUUUUUUUAAAUUUAACUCGGUAAACCUUAAAAAGUCCACUAUUUUUUUUAAAAAGCAUUCAAAAAUUGAAUAGUUUACAAAUAUUUUAUUAAAUUUAAAUCCUCACUUUGGUGCUAUUGAGUUGCCUAUGCCUCAACCAAGGUGAUUUCUAGUAGCCAUCUUUUAAAUUUUACUCGAUAUUGCGACAGUUGAUGAUUUGAAUUAAGAUUCACGUGCAUUUAAAAUAAGUUUGUACUGCCACUGAGUAUUUGAGUUUAAGAGAUGAUUUUGACAGAUGUAAAUAAAUGUGUGUGUUGCGAUUCCAAAUCUUUGACUUUGACAUAUAAUUACAGGGUUUGAGUAAAUGUGUAGGUUAUGGUAUAAAUUUUGAAUCACGACUAAUAAAAACAUACGGUAUAAUGA